GGCUGGCGACAUGGAAGAUGCUAUGUACGAGAAGCUCAAAGACGCGAUUAUGGAGGCCGGGAGCCUCAGGCACGAGGCGUACGAAGAGACUCGACGGCGGCAGAAGGCCGACCGGGACCUGGCCGACGCGUCCAUGAUGGCGAGGGACGCAGAGAGCUCCUACCAUGGCGAGGCGAGGCGGCGUAAGGAGAUGGAGGAGAGUCUGGCGAGGGAGCGCGCGGCCAUGGAGCAGGAAAGGCGGGAACUCGACGCCAUUCUCGCGAAGAUACGGGAGGUUGAUGAGCGCAGCGCCGAGCUCGAGCUCCAGGUCACCGACUCAGGGCACGUGAUGAGCGAACUCGAUGUCAGGAUGUCGGAGUCGUGCUCUGUCCUCGACGCGCUCAGGCUGGAGCGACGAGGAGAAGGGCCUGCAGCUGACGAAGAAUCCAUGCCUGUGGUGGAUGGCAGUAAUCAAAUCGUGAGUUUCUUGCGGCUUGCUUUGUCGGAGCUGGAGGAGGCGACCGAUCGUUUCAACGAGUCUGCCAUGGUAGGAGGCGCCGGUGCCGACAGCCGCGGCCGCGUGUACAGAGGGAGCCUCCGCGGCAUGACCGUCGCCGUCAAGAUGAUCUGCCCCGACGUCGCCGUCGACGAGGCGCGGUUCGGUCGUGCAGUGGACGCCAUCGCCAGGGCGAGGCACCCAAACAUCGUCGCGCUCGUCGGCGCGUGCCCGGAGGCGCGCGCCGUGGUGCACGAGCUCGUGCCGGGCGGGAGCUUGGAGGACCGUCUUGGAGAGGAGGCGCCGCCACUGCCGUGGCACGCACGGUGCGGCGUCGCGUACCGAACCUGUUCCGCUCUGGCCUACCUCCACUCGACGGCAACAGUGCAUGGCGACGUCCGUCCAGCGAAUAUCCUCCUGCAGGACGAGCGGUGCUCCUCGAGCAAGCUCGCCGGCCUCGGCAUGCCUUGUCUCGUGGCGCCGCCACAGCUCCCCAGCGGCGUCGCGCUGGCGUACGUGGAACCUCGGUACCUGGUGACGGGGGAGCUGACCCCGCAGUGCGACGUGCAUGCGCUGGGCGUGGUCCUCCUCCGCCUGGUCACGGGCAUGCCGGCGUUCGCGGCGAAGAAGGCGGCGCAGAAGGCCGCCGACGGGAGCACACCCUGGCACGAGGUGGUGGACGCGAGUGCCGGAGGGUGGCCGAUGGAGCGCGCCACGGAGGUCGCGCUCCUCGGGCUGAAAUGCUGCGACGCGGUCGAAACCAGAGGACCACGUCGCCGGGCCGAGCUUCUGGAUGAGGCGCUGAGCGUGCUGGAGGCCGCGACGGAUGCCACGCCGGGGAGGACGUGGUCGUCGCUCUCGGCGUCGACGGCGUCCGACAGCGGCGGCGCUCCGUCCUACUUCCUCUGCCCGAUACUCAAGGAGGUGAUGAUGGAUCCGCAGAUCGCCGGCGACGGGUUUACCUACGAGGCGGAGGCGCUGAAGGAGUGGCUCGGGAGCGGACACGACACGUCGCCGAUGACCAACCUCAAGCUUCCCACCGAUGAGCUCAUGCCCAACCACACACUCCGCGCCGCCAUACAAGAGUGGCGACACACGAGGCCUAGCACCUUCCAUCGGUACCAAUAA